ACCCUAAAGGAGCCAAAGACAAGGCCAUCAAAGCCUAUGUGAUUCUGGACGAUCAGAGCAAUCGUUCACUAGUCAGUCCAGAGUUCUUUAAAUUGUUCAACAUUGAGAGUGAGCGGUUCCCAUACUACCUCAAAACUUGCUCAGGCAACAUGGAAACCCAAGGAAGGAAGGCAGAAGGCAUCCAGAUCGAGUCCCUGGAUGGUAAAGUCGUCAUCUGUCUCCCUCCGCUCUUAGAGUGCAAUGAAAUCAUGAAUAACCGCGCUGGGAUCCCGACACCAAGUGCGGUGCUACACCAGCCGCAUCUCCACCACAUCGCCAAACACAUCCCAGAACUGGAUCCGAAAGCGGAAAUACUCCUGCUAUUAGGAAGAGAUGUUAUCCAGGUACACAAGGUUAGGCAGCAGAUCAAUGGACCACUCAACGCCCCCUUCGCGCAACAUCUGGAUCUGGGCUGGGUGGUGAUAGGAGAGGUGUGUCUCGGUGACGUACACAAACCGAUGGUUAACACACUCAAGACCAAUGUGCUAGAGAGUGGCCGCCAUUCAAUCUUUCAACCCUGCCCGAGUGUCCCGUGCAUCAAGGAAGCACAACAAGGCGUUAACAAGCGCGAGGCAAGCGACGAGUCGCUGGGCCAGUCAGUCUUCGCUCUAACGAAGUAUGACAACAAACUUGCACAAUCAGCUCAAGAUACCAUUUCUUUAAAAACCAAAGACACCAAGGUCUUCAGAGAUGAAGCAAAUAAUGGGGUUGCCCCAUUGCCAAUCAGAGAACCACGCCAGCGCUCACCAGAUAACAAAGAGCAGGCAGUCAAACGGUUCACGUCCUUACGGAAAACCCGGAAAAGGAAACCUGAGAUGCAGCAACGCACCCGAUUGGCCCACGAGGUACUGUGCACCCUAAUGGCAGAGGUCACAGCCAUUAUAAACGCACAAUCAUUCCUACCUGUGUCUUCUGACCCAGAAAACCCCUUUAUACUUUCGCCAUCAACGCUCCUUACGCAGAAGGCAGGAGCACCUCCUCCACCAGGAGACUUCUCAGACAAGGAUUUGUACACAAAGCAAUGGAGACAAGUCCAGGCUCUGGCAAAUCAGUUCUGGCCUCGCUGGAGACAAAAAUAUCUACCUUUGUUGCAACAGAGACAAAAGUGGACAGAACCCCGAAGGAAUCUUCAAGUUGAAGACUUAGUCCUGCUCAGGGACAAGCAAGUCGCUCGCAACAGCUGGCCAACGGCCAGAAUCACUGCUACAUUCCCUAGCGGGGAUGGACAUGUCAGGAAGAUCGAAUUGAAGACUACCGACCAAGGCGAUGUGAAAAUUUACCAAGGGCCGGUUACAGAAGUUAUUCUACUUCUACCCAAUGACUGAUUAAGAGACUAAGUUUCGUACUCUGCUCAUUGUGACCUUACGAAGGUCAAGCGGGGAGUGUGCUGUCUUUACGACAGUUAUUUAGUUUAUAAUAUUUUCGCUUAGUAAUUCAUUCAAUAGUAUUUUCUAGUUAGAAUUAGAAGUGUUUAAAGUGUAUUCAUUGCAUGUAAAAUAUAUCGGCAUGCGAUGACGUCACAUCCGGUUUCGCCGCGUCUUGUGGGAAAACACCGGUUUGAAAUUAGCGCGAGGGUGGGGGCUUUCCACGAGGCUCACCUGAGCAGAAGCAGUUUUGCAGGCAUGAGAAAUCACAGUGAGAGCAACGCUUUUUCACCAUAUGUUAAUGUGAAGAGUGAACAGUAAAUGGUUAAUCUUACUGCGAUCUGGUUCUUAUUAACUGGUUUAUCUCGACGUUAAAUUCGGCGUUCGUUACACCCGAAGGAGAACGUUACACCCUCUGUCCUGGGCAAAUGAAAAGGUUGAUCAGCCCAAUGGCUUCCACCUUCUCCACACGACUUUGUACAUCUGCUAGACCUCAUUCCUCUCCCAGUGAUGAGGUCUUUGAAGCUUCUGUAGUUCUGGGUUUUUAUGAGAUGGGUUCCUAGCCCCAUGCCUGACCCUCC